UCAGAGCUGAAUUCGGGUUAGCUCUCCUCCCUUUAGCCACUGGGCUCAUUUUGCAUCACCAGUUGAUGAUGACCGUGCUCCCUGUUGUCUUCUACCCCAUUCAUCCAGCGCUCAGUAGCCGUUAAUGAAAUGUCAUUGUUUACAUUAAUCAGCAACUGCAUUUAAGGUGAGAUGUCCCCUACCUUCUCCCUUGGCAGAGCUCUCUGCUGCAGUGUAGUUUUUUCUGAGCUGUACUCCCGCAAGCUUAAAAUGGCAGGCAGGCAGGAUUAACACUGCUUCUCGUCUCUGCAUGCUCUGCAUUGAUUUUACUUUGCCACUUCUGGUGUUGUGGAUGUAAAUGCUGUGCAUGUGCCAGGUCUUGCUGUACAGCAGCUCCUCGACUGGCUAAUGCUUUGCUGUACUGGAAGAUAUUUGUGGUCGCCUGCAAGGAGCUGAAAUAUAGUACUUGAUGGGCUUUGUAGUCAGAUUUCUGCUAUCUAUUUAUCCAAGGCAUGACGUGAAGCCCAAUUUUACAUACAUUUUAAGCCAGGUCCUGAUGUGCUCAGAAAUGCAUUUAUAUGUUACUCAGUCUGCACAUGCUAAAUAAAGACGUUUCCUCUUCAGCUUUAAAAUGCUCUAGGUUUGUAAUGCAGGUUGCAAGCACAAUAAGGCUAUUUUUAACAUUAAUGCGAUGCUUGCUUUGCAACAGGCUUUGGAACUCGGGACUAAUAUUUUUGGCACGGAUAUCAAUAGGUUGAUUUUCAGCAAGUGUGACAAGUGCCCUUUGCAGUGGUCAGCUUUAGGCUUUUAAGCCAGUGAAGAAAAGAAAAAAAGCUUUGCAAAGGAGACGUCUGCAAGAUUUGGAGAUGGGAAAUGUUGACUGUGCCUCCGUGCUUCUGAUGUGCUGAAUUCUCUGGAACACAGUCUCAUAUAUAAAAAAAAAUAAUAAUAACAAAAAGCAAACCAAAAACACAUUGCUGCUUUCGCCUUAGUCAGUUUUUUUGUGCUUCCAAAUUGUAUAGAUUACAAAUAACAGAAGAGUGCUACAGCAUGAUGUCGUUUUACGCUAAUGUCCUGCGCCAUCAUUUUCACUGAUGUUUCCAGAUGACAGUCAUGUCUCCAGGUACAGGAGAUCUUCUGGACAGCACUCAUUCCCAGGCUAUUCUGCGCUGCUUAAAUGAUCAACGCACUCAGGGCCUGUUCUGUGAUGUCACCAUUGUUGUGGAAGACAUCAAGUUCAAGGCUCACAAGAAUGUGUUAGCAGCAUCUAGCCUUUACUUCAAGGAUGCGUUUUCCACCCAAGAGGUGUGGGUUUCAGGUCAAGUCUUGGAGCUGUCAGACAUUGGGUCUGAUAUAUUUGCAGGAAUACUUCACUUUAUUUACAGUGCUAAAGUGGAGAUCACAGGAACUGAAGAUGUAAAAGCUCUUAUAGCUGCAGGUAAAAAAUUAGGAAUUCCCUUUCUGGAAAACCUAAGGAACUUGAGCCAUCAGGGGAAACGAUCCUUUGAUGCAGCACAUGGACGUGGCUCGUCUGAUUCAGCCCUGUCUGCAGCACCUGAUUCCUCUGUUCAGACAGUCAAGUAUUCCUUGUUGAAAAAUGAAACCAACAGUGGCAUCAGUGACCAAAGAACUGAAGAGUCUGUCUGCCUGGAUGGUCCAAGAAUCACCAAUGCAUUUUCCAUUUUUGAGGCAGGACCCAGCAAUGACCCAUUUUCUCCACUUGACUUGAGAGCCAGUGCUAAAAGGACCCAGGAAACUGAACAGUUCCAGAUGAUAUGCCCCACUCUCAAUGCAGCAACAGCAACAAAGGGUGAGCAGACCCGCGCUUUAUCAGAACAUUCUUAUGCUGUGUCUUCCACUGUAAAUCAGGUCCAGACAACAGAGCUUUGUGAGAUACCUGUUAACGAUUUAAGAACAGAGAGCACCCCCACUGAAGUACCUACUAAUCACCUGAUGAACCAGAGAUGCAAUCCACUGAAGAAACGUCAUAUUCUGAGCAGUACUCUAGGUAAAGUUGCAGGGGUACAGUACACCAAAAUAGCACAUGCCACACUGAACCUUACAACAAGUCAUCACAACAAGACAGUCGAAGUCACCAGUAAUGGAAAUGUCCCACAGAUAACACACAAUAGCGCAGAAUCAGUCAUUUCUGUUGUGGCCACAGAUCCACAUGUAGCUACUUAUAGAUGUGAAUACUGCUCCGAGACCUUCAGCAACAAAGCAUUGCUGAACAUCCAUACGCAGGUACACAAAAAACAUUUUGUCAGUCGUUUGGCAUGCAAAUUUUGCCAUAAGAAAUUCACGCACCUUAAAAGGCUACGUAAUCAUGAACAAACAUGCUGUAUGACACAGCUUGACGCAACUGAGAAUAAAAGCUGUGAGCCUCAAUUCAGUAUCUCUAAUGUAGACAAUACUUCCAGUACAGAUGGCAGUGUGCAGCAUGCAAGUCCAGAAGAUAAAUCAGACAGCUACUCUGAUAAUCACAUAGAUGAAGACAGUUCACCAGAGUUUACCAGUUUACCAGAUAAUGGUGAGAAAGCAGUUGACGGACAAAGAAUGCAUGUGUGCAGCGUGUGUAAACGUUCUUAUGUCACUCUAUCAAGCCUUAGGAGACAUGCAAAUGUCCAUUCAUGGCAGAGGGCCUACCCGUGCCAUUACUGCAAUAAAGUUUUUGCUUUGGCUGAAUAUCGUACCAAGCAUGAGAUCUGGCACACGGGAGAAAGGAGAUACCAGUGCAUUUUCUGUUUAGAGACUUUCAUGACAUACUACAUUUUGAAAAACCACCAGAAAUCCUUUCACGGCAUCGACCCGAGGCUGGCUGUGAACAAAAAGUCAGCUCACGGUGGUUUUAAAAGCAACCUGUAUCCUUUUAAACUCUACAGACUUCUGCCCACGACAUUUAGAAAAAAACAAUACAAAACAUACAGCCAGACCCUCGCUGAAACUGCAGAGUCCAAUGAUCCGCCUUUUCAAGUUCCUUUAGCACCAAGGCCUCAGAACUCAUUAACCACCCCAUCAGUCAACUUUGAAAAUAACAUUAUCGGUGCUCAAAAUAGUCCAGAUGCAGUUAGUAUGGGGCAGCCAUCAUUUUCUAUGCCAUUGACCUUCAUGGCCACUCCAAACAUUGUUGCAUCAGUAGCACCUUGUGUUAACUUCAACCAACUAAGUAAUCCAAGUCAUAUGUUAACUUCUGAAGCUGGAGGGUGCCCACGGACAGCACUGAGCACAACAACUCAGAACACCAACACCCUUUUAACCCCAUGUCCAGCUAAUGCCAGCAGCACCAGUUCAUCUGUAAUCAGCUAUGGAUACCCUGGACCCUCUGUUAUAAUGCAGACCAACAGAGUCUCGUCUGUAAUAGUGCAUGGGAAUGAAAUGGGAGUUAACAGUGAUGACAAAGACCGCAGCGAUGUGCCAUUCUUAGAAAUGACUGGUAACAGCUUUUCAGAACCUGAUAACGAUGACAAAGGUCAUAUGAGGACACAUUUCAAGCAAGAGGAACUGUCCGGUAUGCAAAUAACAGAGACAAUAGCAGAUAAGAUGGUCCAGCCAGAAGGAUUUGGUGAUGCAGCUAAUAUAAUUACAAAUAUCCUCUACCCAGGCAGCAAAACAGAAACUUACAUUGCCAAGCCAGCAUGCCCAGGUCCUUCUUUUGAUAGUCAAGUUCCACCUCUUUGCCAGAUAACAGUAAAAAUUGGCGAUGAGGCUAUGGUGAGAAGGCGUAUUAAAGGAUCAAAACUCUUCCAAAGCAAAAGAAAGUGGGGUCAUUUGGCGGAUGAGGACCAGAGCAGUGUGACAGGAAAAGAAGGGAACGACAGGAAUGCUAGUUUACGUGCAAGAACAGAAGCAACUCCAGUCAUAGAGAAUGAAACUUAUGAUGAUGUGACUGAUCGCGACACAGCUGACAAACUGUGGCGCCCUUAUUACUCUUACAAACCUAAAAAGAAAACCAAAGGGGCAAAGAAACUGAGGACCAAACACAGGAGAAAAUGCAAGAAUCUUCAAAUCCCUGCUAGACAUCUGAGAUCAAAUGCAAAAGAUCAAGACUGCCUUGAAGGCUACAUUGACACAAGCUACAGUUUGCAUGACACAGUCAUUUCUAACCCAGCCAAAAUGGGAAAACAUCUUCAAAAGGGUGCGUACAAACAGACUUAUUCCUGCAUCAUGUGCCGAAAUGUGUUUUCAAGCUUGUCUGCAUUAGAGGUACACAAGAUGAGCUGCCAUGCUAAAGAGCAGUCUUACCUCUGUAAAACUUGUGGAAAGCCAUUUUCUCCCCAUGAAAUUCCUUAUGAAAACCACGCCUUCCCUUUAGACAAAAAAGAAUUUGUCUGUAAGAACUGUGUUGAAGAUGGCUCCUGUUUCAACAACAAUUUGAGGAGUCAUAACACAGAGAAACGCUACCGAUGCUCUUUCUGCCCGCAGCGCUUCUUGUACCUGGCUACCAAGAAGAGCCAUGAGAAGAAACAUCUAGAAAAGCAUGGUAAAGGCUACAGCUGCUCCUACUGCCCUAAAGUUUGCAAAUCCUCAGCAGCCCUUGGAAUGCACCAGAAGAAGCAUUUUAUUAAAAGCAAAGAGGAGGAACAAGAGCCAGCAGGAAACCACUGUGGCAUUGCAGCAAAUGAAUCAAAACUUACUGCACCACAAAACAGUGACGCAGACACAUUCAGAGCACCCAAACUGGAACAUGAAAGCGAGGUUAGUAGCAACAGGGGCUUUCAAGAAUGCAAAACACCAGAUGAUAAGACACUGACAUUAUCUCUAGAGGAAGGCUUGCCUCAGACACAAGUACCCUUAGAAAGCGCAUUGAACGCCUGCCCAGCUACCUUAAGUGAUCAACUUAGUCAAUUUGCUGAGCCUUGGGACCAGCUGGACCAAAUCAAUAAUGACAUGACUGGAAAAGCAUAUGAUGAGUAUAGCGUCCAAUCGGUCAAAGACUACCAGAACCCUCAUGUUUACUCAGAGCAGUUUGCCCCAUUAAACAUGAUGAGGAAGAUGCAGACAUGUAGCACGCAUGCAGACUUUCCAAAGACAGAAUACAGGUAUCCAUGUAAAAAAGAACCCCUCCUCCAACCUGACUACUGGUCCUCUGAAAAGAAAGCAACAGGAGACAAUGCAAACUGAAUACUGACCAAAGGUGUACCAACAGAGAAGUACAGUAAACAGACUGAAGGUAUUGAACGUGCAAGUGCGCCUGAGCACACGUGUGUAAAUAAAAUAGCUAACGAUGCAAGCAUACAGAUGCAUAAUAAACAUAUUUUCCUGUUUCUUAGCAAUAGUGAAGCAAGUGUAGAAAACAAACCUGAAGCUCUUAAAUGUCCUGUAAAUGUUUAGUAAAAAAAAAAUAUUUUUCUUCACACUGCAAAUAAACAUUUGGUAGUUUUUCAUAUAUUUUUAAAAAUGUUGGUUUUAUUUGUGUAAUGUUUUAUUUGGCUUUGUGGGGAUUCUGGUAACUGUAUCCUGCUUUUUAUAUGUUUUCUAUUGUCUUUUCUGUAAUCUAGGACUUUUUUCUGUAAUCUACUGGGUAUUGUUAGCUGCACAUGACUGGGAAUAAUGGUUGUUAACUGUCAAUGUCUUCUGUAUGGGGCCUUUCUUUAAAGUGUGGCUUAAAGGGGCAUUUUUAAUACAGAAAAGAGUAUUAGAGACUUAAGAUAUUACGGUAAGUUACACCAACCAGUUUUUCAAAAUCUUUUUUUUUUUUUUUUUUCCCCCAAACUGCAAGGGACUCCUAGCCACUUGUUAUAUUAUCUAAUAACUUGCUCAGCACGCUACACAAAAAUAUAUUAAGCUGCCAAAACAUAUUUCCAAAUCAUUGACAGUUGCAAAAGUUUCCAAAAAAUGAGCAAAUUGCUAUUAACAACACAACAUUUAGGAAUACAGCCCUCAGUGAUGUUAAAUGGACAGAGCUCAACAUCAUUUACAAAAUGAUUUGUUAUCAAACUCUUUAUGGUGUGAUGAAACCUCUUACUAUUCAUGAAAAUGAAUUCAACCUAACGUGUUUGGAGUAAAUAAAAGCUUGCAUGUAUUUUAGCGUUA